AUGAGAAGAGACGUCCGCAUCCUUCUCCUGGGUGAUGAUGGUGUCGGAAAAAGCACCCUGAUCACCAGCCUCAUCAAAGAGUCCUUUGUAGCCAAUGUCCAACAUGUUAUCCCAGAGGUGACCAUCCCACCAGAGGUUACUCCUGACAAUGUUACUACCCACAUUGUGGAUACAUCAACCAGACCAGAGUACAGGGACACAUUGGAAACAGAGAUCAGGAAAGCUCAUGUUAUCUGUAUCGUGUAUGCCAUCGACGAGCCAGCAACCUUCAAUCGACUCAGCGGUCACUGGCUUCCAUACAUCCGCUCACUUGGCGUCAACGUCCCAGUUGUCCUUGUUGGAAACAAAAUCGAUCUGAGAGGUGAUGAUGUGUCUAACAAGCGUCUGGAGGAUGAGGUCGUGCCCAUCAUGAACGACUUCAAGGAAGUAGAAACCUGUGUUGAGUGUUCGGCCAAGCAACCCCUCAACGUCUCAGAAGUAUUUUACUUUGCGCAGAAGGCCGUUCUUCACCCAACAGCGCCAUUGUAUGAUUCUCGGGAACAUGUCUUAAAGCCCGCAUGUGUCGACGCUCUGCAGCGUAUCUUCAACCUUUGCGAUCUCGACAAGGAUGGCGUUCUGGAUGACGCGGAGCUCAAUGAAUUCCAGCGGAAGUGCUUCAACGCGCCUCUACAGCUGCAGGAAUUGGAGGCUGUGAAGGAGGUGGUCAAGGAGCAUGAGACAGAAGGCGUUAACGAAAUUGGACUGACAGAAGUCGGGUUUCUGUUUCUUCAUACGCUUUUCAUCCAGCGAGGCCGACUGGAGACGACAUGGACAGUGCUACGACAAUUUGGAUACGGCGACGACCUGACAUUACGGGAAAGUUUCUUGUGCCCAAGAGUUGAAAUUCCUAUCGAUUGCUCGGUGGAAUUGAGCCCUAAAGGAUACCAGUUCUUCACAGAACUCUUCCAGGUGUUUGACAAGGACAAGGAUAGUGCGCUGAAGAAGAGCGAGCUGGAGGCACUGUUUAAGACUUCUCCAGGAAACCCAUGGGCACAUACGGCGUUUCCUCAAACGACCAUUACCACGGAGCUUGGAGCCGUUACCCUGCAAGGAUUCUUGGCUCAAUGGAGUAUGACAACUAUGCUGGACUACCAGUUGACUUUGAGAUACCUGGCUUACCUUGGAUUUGAAGGAGAUACCACAACGGCUAUCAAGGUGACCCGGCCUAGAAAGAUCGAUCGGCGAAAGGGCAAGGUCCAAAGGAACGUCUUUCUCUGUUAUGUAUUUGGAGCUCCGAAGUCUGGCAAGACUUCGUUACUUCGUGGUUUCUUGGACAAGCCGUUCUCGGACCAGUACGAACCAACUGCUCGGCCCUUUGCAGUUGUCAACUCGGUGGAGAUUAAAGGCGCCGAGAAAUAUCUAGUGAUGGAGGAGUUUGGCACACAGUAUGAGGCUGAGGUACUCCAGAACAAGAAGCGGCUGGACAAGUGCGACCUGUUGUGCUUUGUGUUUGAUUCAAGCGACGUGAAUUCGUUUUCGUAUGUUGUGAACCUUAGGUAUAUCAGUCAAGUCGCGGCAGAUGGCGGACCUAUUCAAUAUUUUGACAGCGGUAGCAAUGUGCCCGUCGAUUGCAACGCCGGCCGGGUUUCUGGACGCUAA